AUGAGGGGGAACAAAAUUAUGGAGUUCAUGGAGCAUAAACUUCCUAACUGGGAGUUUUACUCUAGUCCGGUUACUGAGGGUAGACUUCUGAUAGUUUGGAGGAAGGUUUUUGUGAGGGUUACCAUUCUAGAAGAAUCUACUCAGUAUGUUCAUUGUUUGGUCAAAAUGGCUAGUCAAAGGCAAGCUUUUUAUGUCACAUUUGUCUAUGGUUUCAAUACGAUAGAGGGAAGGAGGAGUUUAUGGCAAGGGUUACACAGGAUAUCACUCUCUAAUAAAGCUUGGAUUAUUUUAGAGGAUUUCAAUGCCCCUUUCUCAGGUAUGGACAGAUCUGGUGGGAAACCGGUUUCAGGUUUGGAAUUGGCUGAUUCUCUCCAAUGGCUUGCUGAUACUCAUGUUGAGUCUCUUAAGAGUAUUGGUUCCUAUUUCACUUGGACAAAUAACCAAGAAGGUCCAGCUAGAAUCUAUUCAAAAAUUGACCAUGUGUUCAUGAAUGAGGAUUGGCUUGAUACCUUUCCUCAUUCUACAGCUGUGUUUAGAUGGGAAGUAGUUUCAGAUCAUUGCUCGUGUGUUGUUACUAUCUUGCCUAUGGAGAAGGUGGAUAUCAAGCUGUUUAGAUUUUACAAUUUUUGGACAGACCAUCCUGGUUUCAAAGAAGUGGUUAUGAGUAGUUGGAGGGUCCCUAUUAAGGCGACUGGUUUAAGGGCUAUAUACUUAAAGACAAUGAAGCUGAAGCAUAGAUUAAAAAAAUUUAAUAGAGAUAACAUUGGUGACAUAGGUUUGAACUAUCACUUAGCUAAGGAGGCUUAUCAGGAAGCUCAAUUUCAAGCUCAAUCUCAUCCUCGAGACUAUAGCUUGCAAGAGGUAGUGAAAGUAGCUGCUGAAGCUUUCACUGUUCAGGAGCAUAUAGCUGAAAAUGGUAUUGCAACCUAUAUUAGUGAGCAAGGUAGAUUGAUAGAUAAUUUUCAUGAUGUAGUGUCUCACUUUCUUCAUGAAACUACUCUAUCAUUGGUCCCUAAAGUCACUAAUCCAUCUCGGGCAAUAGACUACAGACCUAUAGCUUGUUGUUCUACAUUAUACAAGUGUAUAGACAAACUGUUAUGUUCUCGUAUAGCUUUAGUCCUUCAUGAUCUCAUUCAGCUGAACCAAGGAGCCUUUAUUAGGGGUCAUUCAAUUGCUCAUAACAUCAUGAUAUUUCAAGAUCUUAUCAAGAACUAUGGGAGGACCUCUACUUCGCCUAGAUGUGCUAUUAAGAUAGAUUUAAGCAAAGCUUAUGAUACAGUCGAUUGGCAGUUUCUUGAGGAUCUUUUAAGGGCCCUUUGUUUUCCUAUGAAAUUUAUAGGUUGGAUUAUGGCCUGCUUGAAAAAUACUUCUUACUCUUUGCUUAUGAAUGGUAGAGUUCAAGGAAGUUUUAAGGGUAAGAAGGGGCUGCGUCAGGGUGAUCCUAUGUCUCCCCUUCUGUUUGUGCUUAUCAUGGAGUAUUUGACUAGGAGCCUUCAACUAGCAGCUCAGAAUUCUAAAUUUAGAUUUCACCCCAUGUGUAAGAGCCUUAAGCUUCUCAAUGCUGAUGAUUUGAUUUUAUUUUGUAAAGGAACUCGUUCUGCUGUUAGCAUUUUCAAAGAGGUUCUAGUGAAGUUUAGUGCUGCAACUGGUCUCUCUAUAAAUGCUAAUAAGUCUCAUAUUUUCUUUGGAGGAGUCAUUGCCACUGAGAGAAGGAUUAUUGCCCAAGAGAUUCAAUUACCUGAAGGAUCCUUUCCUCUUAACAAGCAUCUGUCAUUUGCAGGCCAAAUGCUUCUCAUUCACUCUGUUCUGUUUGGGCUUCAUAAUUACUGGAUGAGUAUCUUUGUGUUACCUCAGAGUAUUGUUAAGGAAGUUGAGAAACUUUGCCGUGGUUUUCUGUGGGGUAUUUCUGGGAACAGGAGCAAGCUUCAUAUUGCUUCAUGGCAGCAGGUUUGUCUCCCUAAAGUUUAUGGGGGUCUCGGUUUCAGGGAUGGGGCCAAUAGGAAUAGAGCCAUCUUAGCUAAAUAUAUUUGGACCAUUUCUAAAAAACCUGAUAUUCUGUGGGUCAAAUGGAUCAAUGCUAUCUAUCUAAAAGGCUUCAAUUUCUGGAAUUACACUUUGAAACCAGAUAACAGUUGGUAUUGGAGGAAGUUAUGCCAUUUAAGGGGAAAAUUCAGUCAGACAGAGUUCCUUGAUGCUGGGGUUCCAAGGAGAUUUAAGCCUUCGAAACUGUACAACAGCACUCUAAAUCAGCAGCUGAUGGGCUAUCAUCAAGCAGUUUGGUGUAAGCUUACUCUUCCUAAGCAUCGAUUUCUUCUUUGGUAG